AUGUCUCGAAAACCGAUGAGAAAUUUGGUAAGCCAUCGGCAAUAUAUUGCCCGACUAAGACCUAUUAUUAAUCAAAUUAAUAGAGAAGUAGCAGGUGAUGUUCAAUUAGAAGAUAAUCAGGCUCAAAUUAAUAAUUAUCAGAAUAAUAUUGACUAUCAGAAUGUUGAAGAUCAAGAUUUGCCAAUUGAAAAUCAAGUACCAUUACAACCGAAUGAUGAUGAACCACCAGAAAUAUUUCCUGAUUUUGAAGAAUUUUAUGAAUGGGCCCAACAAAAUAAUGAAGCUGAUAAUGGGUUAAUUGAUGAAUUGCUGCCUAAUCGAUAUCCUGGUUUCAAUAAUGGACAUCAAAAUCAAUAUUUGCAAAAUGAGAAUAAUAUAUUCGAAAUUCCUAUCAGAAGAAAUGAUAAUUCUGAUGAUGAAGAUGAAGAAAGACCAGAACAAAUUCAUGACGAUGAUAAUAAUCCUUUGUAUCUAGGAGCUGAAAUAACAAAGAGAGAAAGUAUGUUGGUAAUUUUAGCAAUGUGUCUAAAACACCAUUUGUCCAUGACAUGCAUAGAUGAUUUAAUAAGAGUUAUUGAAUUACAUUGCUUAAGCCGAGGAUUAAUUAAAAAUAACAAAGAAAAUGUUAAAAAACACUUCUAUUGUCCAUCCUGUGCUAGUCAACUUAAUAAUGAGAAUGAAAUAUGUUAUAUGUGUCCGCAAACAGAAAGUACAUUUUUUUUGGAGCUACCAAUUAUUGAUCAUUUGAAAGAAAUGUAUAAAAGUGAAAACUUUUUUAAUUCCUUGCAAGAAAGAUUUAAUCGACCAAAUAUAAAUAAUAAUAUAACUGAUAUUUUCGACGGAGAGUUGUAUAAGACUUGGACUGAAAAUGGAUUUUUAUCGAAUCCUAAUAACAUUUCAUUUACCUGGUAUACGGAUGGCGUGCCGGUAUUCAAGUCAUCAAAAAUAAGUAUCUGGCCAAUUUAUCUCACAAUUAGCGAACUACCGUUUGAGGAGAGAAAAAAAAUUUUUAAUACUUUAUUAUUAGGACUGUGGUAUGGUGAUAAAAAACCGCAUUUUAAUUCAUUUUUCUAUGCCUUCAGACCUGUAUUUGAAUCUUUACUGCUCAAUGGAAUCAAAGUUGUCUGUCCAGGAGAAAACGAAAUAACUGUGAGAGCUGCACUGUUAAUGGGAGUUUGUGAUUUACCAGCUAAAAUAGAUAGCUUAAACUUUGUUAAUUUCAACUCAAAAUAUGGAUGUCCAGUAUGUUUUUUCGAAGGCCGAGUAAUGCAAAUUGGUCCCAGAUCGUACUUACAAGUUUACCCGUACUCGAACACUUUUCAACUAAGAUCUUCAAGAAUCUGUGAAGAUCUGGCGCGACAAGCUACUCCUGACAAUCCACAAUUUGGCAUAAAAGGACCUACAUCACUGGCUAAACUCAUGCCUGAUUUUAUGAGCGGAAUGUGUAUCGAUCGAAUGCAUGCUGUUGAUGGUGGUGUUAUUAAAAAAAUUUUGAAUUUAGUGUUUAAUAUUUCAUACAGAAAUGAACCAUUUUCUUUGUAUACACAUAAAGAUACUAUUAAUAAUCGUUUACAAUUGAUAAAACCACCAAAAUUCAUUCAUCGUAUGCCCAGAACAACUGAUGACUUAAUUCAUUGGAAAGCUUCAGAGCUAAAAAUGGCGGUAUUUGAAGGAAUAAUGAGAGCUGACUAUUUGAAUCAUUAUUUGUUAUUAAUGGUAUCAAUGUAUUUUUUGAGUGCUGAUGAAAUAUCAGAACUUAUGAUUACUACUGCUGAAGACUUUUUGUAUCGAUUUGUUCGUGAAUUUCAACAAUUGUAUGGAGAAAAAUUUUCAUCGAUUAAUAUUCAUUUACUAUUACAUUUACCAAAAUGUGUGAGGCUACACGGACCACUUUGGGCUCAUCAUUGUUAUGAAUAUGAAAGUUUUAAUGGUGAGAUUUUACUUCAUAUUCAUGGAACUCGGCAUAUUGGAUCGCAAGUAUCUAGUGGACAUGGUCAUCUUAUUAGAAUGAUAACAGACGUGGAACAAAUUCCAAAUGAAAGUUAUGUGAGGAUGUAUAUAGCAUUGGAACAUAAAAUACUUCAAGAAAUUCCUGAUAUUAUUAUUAGUGCUAUGAAUAAUUCUGGGAUUGUUAGAAACGGAGAAUAUACUAGAGCAAUGAAAACUUCAACAUCAGUGGUAAAAUACUUAGAUGCUGGAACAGAGCAAGUUGGCCGAAUACUUUGUUUUAUUAAAUAUCUGCAUUGUCAAUGUUUAAGAAACAAUUGUACAUGUAAUUUUAAAUAUUAUGCAAUUAUUCAGAAACUUAUUCGAACUAAUUCACACAUUAUUGAUGGUGAUAACUUUCAAAUUGAUAGCUCUAAUAUAUUUUAUAAGUGUUCUGAGACAAAUAUUUAUCAAGCUAUAGAUGUAAAUAACUUACUUACACCAUGUAUUUUUAUUAACAUGAAUAACCAAUCACAUAUUAUUUAUCCAUUAAACACUAAAGAAUUAGAAUAA